AUGGACAGAAUUGAAGAAAAAGAAAGUAAUAGGAUAGUAUUUUGGUUAUUUAUAGAUGGCCUCAAUAAAUAUGAAAAAGAUUUAGUUAUUUAAUUUAGGUAAAAAGAUAAUAAAAAUUAUCCCCUUUCACCUACACACUUACAUCAUGACAUAUUCAUGAUAUCUUUAAAGUAAAAUGACAUAAUUCAUGAUUAUAAUAAAUUGUAGUAUCGAUAUAUCAUAAAAGAUUAUAAAGCCAAAGAAAUUACUAGAGAAAUUCCAUUAAAAAAGAAAUAUGAAUAAGUUAUUCAUAUAUUUGAUACACCAGAUGAAUUUACAAACAAAUAUUUUAUUGGCCUUUUAGGUUAAGACUUACUUAUCUAAAAUAAUAAAGAAUAAAGUCUCCUAAAAUUCAUUUAACCAAACACUAGCAUAAUGAUUUUGAAUCACCUUAGAGAUUUUAUUGAUGAAUAUAAAUUUCCUUAAUUGUUUUACAAAUUUUACGAAUAUUCAAUUAAAAUAAUUAUCUAAAAGCUCUACAAUUUUAGAAAUUAUGAAGAAGAUAUAGAAUUGUAUUUCAACUUUUUAGAUUUAAUGAAUAGAUAAGAUUAAAUCAAGUAUAUCAAGACCUAAAAUAUUGUUGAGAUAGCAAGAAGCUUAAGUUAAUACUUUAUGAUUUUUAUGAAAAGCUACUAACUAGAUUAAAAUAACUCUAAAAGAUUGAGACAUAAAUUGAUCGACCUUUAUUCAUAAAAUACUAAUUUCGAAUAAAGAAUCAAUAUUCUACUAAGUGAUCACUGCGUUUGGACAGAUGAAGAAGCAUCUAACCAUAUAAAUAAAAAAGAAUAUAAUCAAAUUUUACUUUAAUAUCCUAAUUAAUACAUAGAGUUUUUCUCAAAAUAAACUGCAAAUUAUAAAGAUCUUUUCAUUGAAUAAAUCAAAAGAAUUAUAAUGCUUUUAGCAGAAAAUAAGAACGAAAAUAUUAUUAGUGUAUUGAAAACCUAAAAGGAUAUUUUUAGAAAAUUACCAAAAAGUGUAAUAAAUAAACUCUAAAACCAACUAUUUGAAAUAAAAAAUGAUAUUUAUUACAAAUAAAAAGUGUAAGAAAUAUUUGAUAAUAUGAAAGAUAUUGUAGAAUUCUUUAAUAUACCAAAAUAUUAACUAAAAAGAUAGGUGAUAUCUACCUUAAGUUGUUUAAAACAUUCAUCGACAGAAGAAAAAACUCUUGAUUUUUUUAUUUAGACUUGCAUGUAAUAUAAAAUAGAUGUUUUUAGCUUUGAAUUCUUAGAACAUAGAUUUACAAUGUAGUACUAUUAUAACUAGUAAUUAAUGGAAUCAUUUAUUGAGCAAAUAAUAGAGAUUAAUCCAUUUACGAAUUUAAAGCCAAUUUUAAAAAAAUUUUAUGAUAAAUAUACAGAAUAUGUAUAAAGCUAGAAAAUUGUAGAUAUCAUAAAAUUAAAAACUAAAUAUGUGGGAUACUUAUAAAAAUUAUAUGCCAAAUAGAAAUUAAUUUUGUAAAAAAGAGAAUCUAAAAGUAAAUAAAACCAAAGCGAUCAUAUCAUCAAGUCUAAUAUUGACUAACUUUAAAAAAGCAGUGUAUCUUCGUAAUAAAAAGAUCUUAACAUAUCUGAUAACCAAUGGUCAAAUGAUAUACUCACUGACGAUAGAAUAAAAUAAAUGAAAGAAGAAUAAAAAUAGGCUAGUGAGCUAGAAGGAAAUCAAUCUAUUUUAGUAGAAGAAAAAAAUCUUAAAGAAGAUUUACACAAAAGAUAAAGAGAAAUAUCUUUAACAGAAGAAUCUGUUAAAUAAUUCGAACAAUAGCUUUAUAUUAUUGUUGAGAGAAUAAUGACAAAUACUGCCACAAAAAAUUUGAUUGAAGUUACUAAUUUAAAUGAAUUAAACGAAUAGGAAAGAUAAUUAUUUGAUAGUAUCAAAGAUAAUAUCUCUUAUUUAAGAAUGAAAAGAGAAAAUUAGAAUGAAUCUGACUUUUUUAAAAAUUAUAGUGAAGCAAAAUAUUAUAAAGGAAGCGAUAAAGAUUUAACAACAGUUUUUAAUAUAUUUGAUUAGUUGGCUAUAGAAAGAGUUAAUUAGCUUCUUGAAAACAGAUAAAUCUAUCAUAUAUUUGGAUCUAGUUUUAUAAAUAGAUUUUUACCAAUUUGUGAUAAGUCCUUGAAAUUUUACAAAGUAGUUGAAGAGAAUGUAAAGAAAGUAAAUUAAUCUAUUUCAUAAGGAUUAUAUAAUACUGAAUAAAUUAAAGAAGUGUGUGCACAAAAUUUUUAUGAACAAAUUAUGGAUUAAUUUGAUAUUUAAGCAAAUAAGUAGCAAUUAUAAGAGUAGAUAAAAUAAAUUGAAAAUAAAGAUAAAAAUUAUAGAAUAUUCUUUUAUAAGUUCGAAGAAUAUUUAACUGAAUAUUAUGAAAUAAUUUAAAAGACUAAAAUAAGCCAAUUAUAAUUAAGCUAAAUACCUUAAUUUUUCUAGCAAUUCUAAUAAUUUGACAUUUUAUCAAAUAAAUUCCUCGAAGUAAAUAAUUCAAAGAUUGUUUAAAGCAUUUGUACUUAACUUAAUACUUAUUAAUGCAAUCAAACCUUGAAAGAGAUAGAAUAAAUAAAAUAAUAAUAAGACUAAGUUUUACAAUUAGGAAAUUUAAAAACAUAAAUUUAUCAAAUUAGAAUGGCUAAUUUUUCUGAAAUGCUGUUUAAAUUAAUUGAAAAUCUCUAUAUUUUCAGUAAUGUUAUUUAUGGUUGCGAUAAAGGAAGUAUAAAAAACCUCGAUGAAUUAAAUAAGAUUGCUACACUUCUCCUUUCUAAUUUUAUAAGAUAAGAAGAAAAUCAAUAAAAUUAAAACUCUUUGUUAAUGAUGCAGCAGAAUAUUUAAAAUUAGGAAAAUUAAUAAAUAAUUAAGUAGGACUAAUAAUAAUUAUAAGGUUACACUUUAUUUAACACUGAAGUUAGUUUAAAUAACUUAAAGCCAUACUUUGGAGAUGGUUUAGAUGAAAUUAUCUAGAAUAUUAAAGAAUUCCAUUCAAUUUUAGGAGUCCAGGCAGAUCUAUAUCAAACAGAAUAGAAUUUCAAAAAGUGUUUUACAUCUACUUUUUACUUAGAUUGUUUUAGUAUUAUUUAGGAGGUAGCUGAAACUUUGAAAUUAGAUUGGAAAUUAUAAGAAAAUGUUUAAAUGAAAUCUCUUUAAAGUUUAUUACUAAAUUAUAAAGAUUUGAAAAAUUAGCCAAUCAAAGUCGUUAUGCAAAUAGAGAUCAGCUAAUAAAUUAUUUAAGAUUAUCAGGUUAUUGCAAGAGAAAAAGAUAUCUAAAGAAACAUGGAACUGCUGAUUAAGUCUUAACAUAUUAUAGAGCACUCAAAACAGAAUAAGGUGAAUAAUAUUUCUUACUUAGAUAUGCGUGACUUUAUAGGUGACAACGACUAUGACUUAAGCAGUUUUUUAACAGUUCUGAAUGAAUUUGCUUAAUUUUUCUUGGAGCUUUCUGAAACCCAGUCUGAAAUAAUUAACAAUAAAAAAUCGAUCUUAAAAGCUAUGAUUCAGCUAAAUAAUGUUAUUUAGAAUCAGAUCAAAACUGACUCUAGAGUAUCACAGUGGGAAGAAAUUAUUAAGAACUUUCACAAAAUAGCCUCAAUUCAAAAUAAUAUAGAUAAGAAAAAAUCUUAUUUAAAUUUGCUUAAAAAAAUGUACACUGAUGGAAAAACAACAAUAGAAAUAGACAAUUUAAGAAGUUAGGUGACAUAUUUAAUUGAAUGUGAUCAAAAGUGUUAUUCUGAGCAAGAAAUUAAUGAAAUUAGUUCAAGAGUACUCAUUGAAAAGAACUCAAUUAAAGCUAUUUUUGGGUAAGAAAAAUAAUAAAUCUCUUAAAGCCAGCAAAAGUUGACUAUGGCUAAUCCUAAUUUAAAUCAAGAAAAACUUUAAAUUCUAUAACAAGAAUAAAAAAUGGAGAAAUUUAAAAAACAGCUUGAGCUUACUUAAGAUUUAAAAUAAAUCAUUCAAGAAAUGAUCAGUUAUGGCUAUUUCCUAUUUGAAAAGAAAUAAUACAUAUAUAAUAAUAAAAAUAAUUAUUAUUUGUAAAAUAUGAUAGAUAUGAACCAAUAACUUUAAAAAUUUCAAAAUUUAUUGAAAGAUUGGAAAAAUGAAAUAGAAAGAGUUACAAGAAAAUACCCUAAAUUUACUUUUAUCAGCUAUUCAUAUUAUCCAAUAAUUGAUUAAUACUUAAGUAAGUCUAUAUUUGAAGCAGAUCUAAGCUAGAGUCUAAAGUAAAUCAUUUAAUACUAAGUAUAGACUAGUCCUUUUAAUAAUCGGAAUAUUAAUAACAUCUUUUAGAACUAUAAAAAUUGUGAACAACAACUCAAGCUAGAUUAAAUAGCUUCAUUUAUCACAUCCAAUUAAUUUGAAAAUGAUUAAGGCGGAAUGAUGAGAAUCAGCGAAAAAAGAAUAAAGUUAAUUUAAUAUUCAACCUCUAAGGAAGCUCUUUAUUACUUAUUAGCAUACAAUUAAAAUCCAAUAAACAUGAAAUCUGAGUACUUUUUAUUUUGUGAUAAGAAGACGUGUAUCUAAGAUGUUUAGCUUUUUAUUUAAAGAUACAAAUAUUUAAAUUAGAAUCAACCAAUGAACUUCUUUUUAAUAAUCAAUUCUAGUUCAAUUAAUUCUUAUUUUAGUGAAUUAACAAAUCUGUAAAAUGAGUAUCAAUACAGCAAUAAUUUUUAUAUUCUCAUAAAAAAAGAUUUUUAUGAUGAUAGACUUAAUUUAAUCUAAUAAGAUUUUGGUUAUUAGAAUAAAGCUUAAAAUAUUGAAAACUUGAAAAAAUAGCAACACAUUAAGUAGAUCUAUAAGAAUGCAUGCUUCUUUACUUCUAGUGAACCAGGGGCAGGUAAAACGUUUGCAGUCAAGUUAAAAAGCUAGUAAUAUAAAAAAUAGUUAAUAAGAAUUCCUACUAACGGUGAUGGAGAUAAAGAUAGUUUAAUAAAAUAUUUAAUGAAAAAUAUACAAGAUAACUCAGAUCAGCAGAGAAUAUACCACAUAGAUUUAUAUGAGAAUGACCACUUAGAUUUAGAUUUUACUUUGUUUGAAAUGAUUAUAUUAAAGAGCAUCAAUUUUAACUCAAAAAGCUUCUUAGAUUUGGGAAGUUAAUCAGUUUUUUUAGUAGAAAUAAACAACACUCUUAGAAACUCUUUAGUAGAUUAAAUUCAUAUUAAAGACUAUUUUGAAGUGAAUCAAGUUACUUUCAAUAUUAACAGUUUCAAUAUAUUGAGCUUUGAAGAAAAACAUAAUUAAGCAGCUGCUCUGACAGUAUUCAAGUAUCUAAAAUCAAUAAAAAUAUAACAAACGAGCAAUAAUAAUACUUAUUUUGAUUAACAAUAAAACAUAGAUGAGCUCUAAAAAAUAAAAAGUAUUGAUACAAUUUUAUUUUCUAAAUUGCUUGAUGAAUAUUUAGUUUAAUAUUUAAAUACUAAUUAAAUCAAUCCAAAUUUUUGGUAGAUAAAUAAUUUUAUCAAUCUAUUUGGCAGCGAAAUGCAGAAAAUGGAAAAUUCAGCAUAUUUAUAGAUUCCUAUAGUUGAAAGAGCUUAACUAAGAUUAGGUUUAAGGACAAUAAUAAUCAACAAAUCCUUUGAAUUAUGCAGAAAAGUCUCUCUUUCUUGUUUGAAAAACACCUAUAACCAAAGCAAUUCAGUUUCAAAUGAAUAAUUGCUAACAAACAAAGCAGGAAGUUUAAUACCAUUUUCUAGUUUUUUGUAAGAUUUUGUGACCUUUUAAGAAUAGGAUGAAGCCUGUAUAACAUCCUUUUUCUAGAAUGCAGAAACCACUCCAUAACCUAUAAAGGAUAUGUAUGCUUAGUAUAAAUUGUAAUUACUUCACUUUGAUUAGGAGUAAAGACCAGAAGUGCUUGUUAAUUGGCUUAUCCUACUCUGUAACUAGCAUAUUCAAAAUUUUUACAAAAACUAAAAAGAAAUUACUUUUGAUAAAAUUUCAAAUACUGAAUUAAGUAAAGAAGUAGAGAAAAUUAUAAUUUAAAAAGAUAACUUUUUUAAGAUAGCUAUGAUAUUCAUGAGGAUAAGAUCUCUAACUCCUAUUAUUAUUAUGGGAGAAGCUGGAAUUGGUAAAACUGCUCUCAUCCGUCUCCUUUCUUUGAUAAUGGAAGCUAAUUUUAAUACUAAAAUUAUCCAUGGUGGAGUGACAGAAGAAGAAGUAAUAGAGUUUAUUGAGUAAAGUGAAGCACAAUUAAGGAAUAAUUCAAAGAAGAAAACAGUUUUAUUCUUUGACGAAGUUAAUACAAAUAAAUUAGUUUGUGGUUUGUUCAAGGAAAUUAUAGUUGAUAGAUAUUUAAAGGGGAGAAAAUUGCAUCCUAAUAUUAUUCCAAUAGCAGCAUUAAAUCCAUAUAAAUUGAAAUCAGAAGAGUAAUAGAAGAUAAUUUAAAUACAAAUUCAUGGUGGAAUAAAAUAAGAUUUAGUCAAUAAAAUCAAAGGUAGCGAUUUAGAGUACACAGUUAAUCCUAUUCCUGACAGCAUGUAUAGUUUUUCGUGGAAUUACGGAGGUUUAAAUCAAAAUGAUGAAAAAACAUAUAUAUAACAAAUAUUGUUAUAAAUGAACAAGGAAUUGCAACUAAAUUCAAAAGUUUCAUAUAAAAUAGAAAUGAUCAAGAAUACAAUCUCUGAACUUGUAUUUUUGAGCUAAGAAUAUAUGAGAAAACUGAUGGGUACAAUAAGUGCCUGUAGUCUUAGAGAUGUCAAAAGAUUUGUUACGCUUUUGAAAAAUAAUAUUAACUUUUUAAAAACAUGUUCAAACUUAAGUUAAAAAAAUAGUCUGAAAAUUCAAGAUUAGAAUAUCCAAAUAUUAGCUGUUUAUUUAUCAUUUUACAUUAAUUAUUGUGUUAGGAUUCCUCUUCAAGAAAAAAGAGAAGAGUACUUAAAACUUUUAACAAAUCACUAUAGAGAAUUUACUAAUAACUAAAUGUAAUCAGAAUUUGAUUUUGUAGAAAAGUUUUUAAUCAAUCAGAUAGAUGUACCUCUGGGUAUAGCAAAGAAUUAUUCUUUGAGAUAAAAUGCAUUCAUUCUUUUCAUUUGUAUUGUUAACAAGAUACCAGUGUGUCUUAUUGGCCCUCCUGGAAGCUCAAAAACUCUUUCCCUAAGACUACUUAUUUAAUCUAUGCAAGGAGUUAAUUCUCGAAGUGAAUUGUUCAAAAAGUAUCCUGCAUUGAUGCCUUAGUACUAUUAAGGACAUAUUUAAAGUACAUCAGAGAGAAUUAUGGAAGUCUUUGAAUAGGCAAGUAAAAAAUAACAAGGUUUUAAUUCGAAAGAAGUUGGAAAUCAAAAUCUAUCUCUUGUUUACAUAGAUGAAAUAGGUUUAGCUGAGAUUUCUCCACAUAAUCCACUUAAAGUACUUCAUGCAACUUUAGAAAAGCCAGAUAUAGCAGUCUCUUGCAUUUCUAACUGGCCUCUAGAUGCUUCAAAAAUGAAUAGAAUGCUCACAGUAUAUAGAAUGGAUAUAAACACCUAAUAGUUAGUUGAGACUUUUUAAAGCAUCUUUGAAGAAAUAAAGGAUCAGUAAAAGGAUAAGCUUAUGAUAAAUAUGCUUAAUGAGAGCUAACUUAAUUGUUAAGAGAUUUAGCAAAAAAUAGCAAAUAUUUACUUAAAUUAUCUUAAAAAUCUGAAGGACCAUGAUAAAAAAUAUGAGUCGUUCCAUGGUCCAAGAGAUUUCUUUAGUGCUUGUAAAUAGAUAUGUGCUGAAGAAAUAAACUUUUUUUAAAGCGAGUAAAGGUGUGAUCAGAGCUCAAAUUCUAUAAAAUCAUUAAACGAUAGAAUAAUAAAAGCUUUUUAUAGGCAUUUUUCUGGCUUAGAAGCUUCUUAGUAAUUAUUGUAAAAGCAAUUUAUUGAACUUAAUAUGAAUCAUUCAUAUGAGUUUAGACCUUCUGAACUUAUCGAGCAAAACUUGAUGGAAGAACCUAAAUUCUUCACUUCAAGACAUUUAAUGGUAAUUUCUGAUGAUAUUCAGAAUGCAAUGACGUUUUUAAAAUCUAAACUAAGCUCAAGAGAGCAUUAAUUUUUUAUAGGAAGUGACUUUGCUGAUGAUAAAAAAAUGCAAGCUUGCUACAAUGUGAUAAAUAAAAUUGUUAGCUGCAUCGAAAAAGGUAUGGUAGUUACUUUACUAAACUUAGAUAACAUAUACUAAAGCUUGUAUGAAGUGCUUAACUAAAGUUAUCGUUAUUAUAAUGGUAAAUAUUUCUGCAAAAUUUCUUUUGGAGCUGAAAGCAGUAAUAUAGAAGUUUCAUAAAAUUUCAAGUUAAUUCUUUUAGUCAACUAAAAUUAAAUUCACAGGAUGGAUGGUCCUCUUUUGAAUAGAUUUGAAAAGCAUCUGCUCAAAGAUAAUAUGAUUUUAUCUGGUGAUGAUGCUGAUAAUAUACAAAUUCUUCAAAAAAAUUUCAAAUAAGUUGAAGAUUAUUUCUGCUAACACGAAAAAAUAGCACAAACAAGGUAUCCCUUGUUCAAAUUUACAAAUAAGGAUUCCGUUGUGUAGAAUUAUUACUUAUAAUACAAGUUACAAAAAGAAAAAGCAGUUGGAUCUAAUAAAGAUUGCAAAAUCACUGAUGAGGAAUAAGAAAAAAUAUUUAUGAGAAUAUUUAAUUUGACAAACUUUUUAUCUGUUUUCUUAAAAAGAGAUUAACCAUAUAUAAAUACUAUGUUAGACUCUUAUGAAAAAUCAGAAUAUCAUUACAGUCUAAGUGGUUUUAUUUAAAACAGAAUAUAUAAUUAAAAUAUUAAUGAACAUUUAAUAUCUGAAUGGGCAUACUUCUAGCAAAAAAAUAAAAUAAAAGAGUGUUAAGUUAGAUAAUUUGCUGUUAUUUCAUAAUAAACUUUUAUAACCGAUAGCAUUACAUCUAAGUUAGAUGUUAUAACACUAAGUUAAAUUGUAUCUGAAUAAGAUUUAGUCAAAAAAUUAACUAACUUCCUCAAUAGAGGACUACCUUAAAUUCCAUAAGUAUAGACAAAAAGGUUUUAAACUACUUUUGCUUAAAAAAAAAACAUGACUGAUUGUUUGGACGAUAAAUAUAAUUCGAAAUAAUUACAAUCUGAUAUUAAAUUUAUGCAUAAUCCUAUUAGAGUUGACCAGGAUAUAUUAAUAGUUACAGGAGAUAUGUCGAAAUCAGGUGGAGACUCUUAUGACAGAAUAGUGUUUACUAUGCAUAAGAUUGAUGAAUGCGUUGAUUAAUUCCUAGCUAAUACAAAGGAUUAGUCUGUUGAUAGCUAAAACUACUCUUUGCAGUUAAAUAUUAUAUUUGUUCUAAAAGUAGAAGAAUCUUACAAAAUGAUACCUGUUGAGGGAAGAUGGGAAAACCAUAGUAUAGAAGAUCUUACUCCCUUCCAUUAAUUUUAUAACUAACAACAAGAUAUAGGUUAAUUAGAAUUAAAUAGAGAGAUAAAGUAGAAAUUGUCUAUGUAAAACAUUAUGAAUGACAAGAACAUUCAAAUAUAAAAUGUAAUAGGAUUAGAUGUAAUAACUAGAUUUUUUAUUGAGAAUGAUUAAUAAAUAUUUGCAAAUGCCUACAGGGUAAUCUAAUACUUCCCAAGCUCGGAAAUUAAUGAAUCUGAGUAUAAAGUGGAAAAAUUAAAUCAAAUAACAAAAAUAUUUAUGGAAAAAUACAAAGAUGCUUUGAUUCCUAUAAUAUCUUAGAUAUCUUAUAAGAUUAUGAAAUAUUAAUACAGCAUUGAUACAUUUAAUGGUUUAGUGAUAAAUUAUAUGAUACCUAAAGGUUUUUCAGUUUAAUCGUCCAGCUUUCAUUCUUGUAUAUUGGCAGCAUUAGAAAAGAUCAUUGAAACGAGUAUAACAAUUAUUAUUUAUGACCUAGAAUCUAAUAAAUUAACUUAUGGUAUGUUUAAAUGUGAAGUUCCUCAGUUCAUUUAACACUCAAAAAGCCAGAUCAAUUAGAUUCCAGAUAAAUAUAAAUCUUCAAGUUAAGAUUAUCUUAAUCCUUUAAAGAUGUGUAAAAAUGUAGUUAUAAGCGAAAGUCAAGAAAUAUUUAGAGUAUUAAAUAGCUAUCAAAUGACUAUCAAACACUUGAAAGAAAACAUUAUUGAAGGUCAAAAUGAGCUAUUUUAAAAGAUGUACAAAUCUGUAAGAGAGAAUUUGAGGAGCUACGAAAAUAUUCUUUAUUUAUUUUCAGAAUAAAUUCUAAUGGAUAUACUAGAUGAAAACCCUGGUUAAAUCAAUAAGAUUGAUAUUUAAAUUGCUUAAAUAAUCUUGCUAAUUAGAAAAAGGAUUGACCGAAUUGAUAUUAGUGAAAUUCAGGAGCAAGAACAAGUUAAUAUAAAACCCUUUUAGUCUUCAUAAGACACAAUAAUUGCAAUAUUUUUAACACUUUUUAUAUUAGAAGAUGAGAUAAAGGAUAUUAGAGAUUUUGUUGAGUACUAUCAAUUGUCCAUAGAUAAUCUUAGAGAUGAGUUUGUAGAGAUGAAUAGAAAUAAUAACUUAUAAUUUGUUUAAUCAAUAGAUUUACUGAAAUAGAUGAUUAUUUAGAGAAUGUUUGAAACAGUAAAACCAACAUCAAGAUAUGUUUAAGAGAAUAAACUUUUGAAUUAAAAUUAUCCAGCUUUUACAAAACUGUUUCUAGAAUAUGUUGACAAGAAUAACACAAGCUAUUAAUAUCAGCAUAUGAAGAAUUAAAUUGUAUUAGUUAAUAUUAUAUGUGAGGAAUUUAGUGAGAUAUUAGUGAAGAAGAACUUACUUAUCAAUAUGAAAUUUGAUAACAUUAUAAGUUUAGACUACAAAGAGUUAACAGAAAUGAGAGAAUUAUUUUAAGUUUUCUAUCAAGAUUUAUAUUAAGAAAUGAGAUAAUCUAACAUUUAAAAUUAAUAAGUUUAUGAUAACAAAUAAUUCAUAUAUAAAUGGAAUGAUUUUUUGAAAACUCUCAUAAUUUCUUCUACAGAAAAUAAUUAUUAUAGAAUAUUUAGUCCACAUAUAAUCAAGAUAUUGCUUUAGCUAGAAUUUGAUGAAAGAGAUAUGCACUCAUGCCUUUCUUUAUAAUUUAGGGUAUUCUUAAACCGUGUUUUUAAGUAAAUAUCCUAAUGCUUGUCAUUUGAAAGUGUACAAAAAUCAUUUUGUUUGGAUUUAUAAGAAUUGUUUUCAGAUAAAAAUGGUCAGCCUUAUCAUAUUGAGUAUUAUACCUUCUAGUAGUUCAGUGAGACAAUACAAAACUGUGUUUAUUCUUAUCUUUUAAAUGAAAAGGCUAAUGAAAACAUUGAGUUUUUAUUUACUUUAAUAGAACAUGAAUUUAGUUCUUUACAAACUCUUUAAAAAGUGAUAUACUUAAGUAUAUUUAGAGAAUUUGUUUAUUAAAUGAUCAAUGUAGACGAUAUAAGCAAAAGUUUACUAGCUUAAAAGAUAUACGAAUGUAGCAAAAAUUCUAUGGAGGUCGAGGAUCAAUACUAAAACUGCUACACAACCUUAGAUGAAUAAUUACAAAAAUAUUUCUUAAAGUUAAAUUAUCAACCAUUCCAAAAUUUCAUAAUAAAGAAUUUACUUUUUUUUAAAAAGAGCAUAAUAAAUUUUAUGAACGAAUCAUUUUAUUUAAAAAAUUGUAAUUGGUUGUUAAAUUACAUCUAAGACUAAUUUAAUUACAAUUAAAUUUACGAAAUAAGCUAUUAAAAUUAAUAAUUGAUUGCCAUUUAAAAUAAGCAACAAUCUUUAGAAAAUAUGAUCUUUUAGUAAAUUCCUAAUUGCUAAAAUGUAUUUAAAGAACUUUACAAUGGAAUCAUUCAAUAAGAUAAAUACUAUCCCUUUAACUUACAGAAUUAUGUGCAAUCUAAGAUCGAUUUCUACAAUGUUUAAUAAGGAGAUAACUUAAAAUCUCUUUAUUAGUGCUUCUUAUGUCGAAAUUUUAUUGUUGUAGAUAACAAUAAUUAAUAGUUUAACAAUAUAAAUGUAUAAUGUCUUUCAUGCUUAAGCAAUUUAUCAUUAAACAAUUAAAAUGAAGCUAUUUUAAUUCUAAAUGGUUUGGAAAACAAAAUUGGUUUAAGACAGUCUGUUUAACAAUAAAUAGGAUUUUGUCUAAGGUUAGAUUAAAUUACCUUAUGUUAUAACGUUAAUUAGUAGUUACCUGAAAUCUAAGCCCUAUUUAAUAUGCUGUAUCACAUAUGUCUAAAGCUAUCAUUAAAUUUAAAUCCUUAUAAUCAAUUAAAAUAAGUAACAAAAAUUCAGUAUUAUACUUAUGAUAAACAAAAUAAUACGGUAGUAACUUAAGAAAAAAGCAUUCUUCUAAUAAACAAAAUACUUAAUAUUCCUAUAGAAUUUGAUUUUAUGUAAUACAUUGAUAAUUAAAUUUAUCUUUCAAUUGAAACAUUCUAAUUUAUCAUAAACCAGAAAAGAUAGUAUAACUAAUGUAAAGUUAUGUAUCUAAUUAAAUAUUUAACAGAAUAUUUAAUGCAUUCAAACAUCUAGGUAACAUAAUUAGCCAAUCAAACCUAAUAAAAUAUGGCAAUUUAAAACUAAAUCCUAAUCAAAAUGCAGGAAUUUGAUUAACUUUAUAGCUAUUAAUUUGCUAUUUUGUCAGAAGAUUUAUCACACUGUAAUUUAACAUAAUAGACCUACAUACAAUCGCAUCCUAUUAGUUUGAGAUUAAUAUACAAAAAUAAAGAUGAUAACAUAAUCCAAAAUAUGAAAUUAAAUCAUUAAUAAAAUCUGCAAUAAUACUUUCCCAUUUUACUCGAAUACUUAGAUUUUGACUACUUAAAUUUUAUUCAUAAUUCUUUAAAGAAUUUUGUGAUAUUCUAUUAAUAAAUUAUAAUAUAUUUUUCUAAUUAGUUUGAAGUCACUGAAGCUUAUAAAUUAACUUUAAAAGAUGCCUUAAAUAAGCUCAAAUUAGAUGUAUCUGACUAAUUUUACAAUUGGUAUUUAGAAUAAUUUGUUCCUUGCUGGAAUUCUGUUUUACAAUAGAUUUAAAACUAGUGUUAAGAUCAGCAAAAUUUGAACUAAUUUUUAAAAAAGAUAGAUGCAAAAACUUAGCUAUUAGAUCUCAUUUAUUCUAGUAAAUAUAAUACCAUGUUUUCAGCAAUGCUUGAAUACUUAUGUAGCAUACAAAAUUAACUUAUUUAAAAAUUGAUAACUUAUUGUUAGUAGAAUUAAUAAACUCCUCAUGUAAAUAAACUUUAUAAAGAUAUUUGGAUACAGUUUUUAAACAGAUAAGGAAGUUAAAAGACUUAUGGUCUUCAAGACAUAAAACCUGACUUGGAUAUAAUCAAAGUGCCUGAGAAAGAUUUAGUGGAAAAGUUUAUUUGUUAAGGUCAAGAGUACGGAGACUAUAUUUACAAUAGAAAAUUGUAUGAAUUUGAUAGUCUUCAAACAAGUGUUAUUAAAAGCAUUUUUAAAAAGGCUAGAUUAAUUAACUUAGAAAAGAGUAUUUAGUUUUAAUUUUUGUUAUCUUUUAAUGAGCUAAGUCCUUAAAAUAAUGAAAUGACCAUUCCUUAAGAAAAAAUAUAAUAAGAUAUAGUUUAAAAUUUAAAAUAACUUCUAAUUGACUAAGACUUGGUAAAAGAAGCUUACAAUAAAAUGUUAACAAUUCAAUCUUUUUUCAAAUCCUCACCUAUCUAAUAAUCAGAAACUUCUUUGAGUACAGCGAUGAAAUAAAUAAAUAUGAAUUUUAAUUUUUAGAAAUUACAAAACAUUUUAGAAAAGUGUCUGUUGUUAAAACACUUAAAAGACUUCAUAAAACUGCUGGAAGAGCUUAAUAUGAAUAAGUUUGUAUAAUUUUGUAAUCUCAGUUAUAGAGUUAUUUAAUAAAAUGAAAUAUUUAACUAAUUAUUGUAAUAUAUCUUUUCAAAUUAAAAUUUGUUAACUGAUUUCAAAUUAUCGAUUGGAAGAAUAAUAAUUAGAUUUUUAUCUAGCGAAAAAGUUCAAAUUGAUCCAUAAUUAUCUUUACUAAAUAUCUUCCAAGAUUAGCAAUUUAAAAUAGGCUGUGAAAGCUAAUAUUUUGCUUCAUAAGAAUUCAAAAAUUAAAUAUAACCCUUUAAAGUUUGCAACUGCUAUUAGAUAUAUGAAUUAAUAACUUUUUACUAAGGAUUUGAAUUCAAAAAAACAAAUUUAGUUUAAGCUGACGGGUUAUUUUUAGAAAACUUUACAGAUGAUGUUUUCAAAAAGAGCAUAAGAGAAUUAACACUCUAAUAGAAUUAAAAUAAAUGA